AUGCUGGUACCGCCCUCACCAACGACUGCAGCCUACCCAACAUCAUGGGAUUCGAAACCGACCUGGAAAGCACGCGGUGCCCAAAGAAGAGUCUACGGAAAACGGAGAGUUGAUGCGCCGCGAGCGGUCUUGGAGCAUGGCAGCCCAUUAAAGUUGCUAGAGAAGGCGACGGAAGAAUCUGUUCGGGAUGCCGUGGAUGGCAUACAAGCGAAAUUAGCUAAAGUCACAUUGAACGAAUCUUCUGCAGAUUCCGGGAGCGAGGAAGAAUCUGCACAAUCAUUGCAUGAAGAGAACGGAGUAGAACAUACACCCACACCAACACUGGAAGCUCUGGAGCCAGAGACCGCCCGUACUCGAUCGCCGGCGCAUGAAUCACUGAAAUCAGAGAAACGCUAUGAGAGGAUGGUAGAGGUCAGAAUAACUCCGAGGAAGCUAGAGACAGAGCCUACAAGCGACACGAAAUAUGACUGCUUUACAAGCAGCAAAGCUAGGAAGACGAGACAGAAGAAGCCCGCACAACGUCUAUCCUCAGGCCUCGUCCCCGACGAAAAAGUCAACGCAUAUGUCCGCACAGUGCUUGACGAGGCUGUAUCGCCGAUUGCCGCUCAGGGUGUCCAGAAAUUUGACUCGUGGGCUGCUCGAGCUGGCUAUGCGCUUGAGGUUGUCAAACUGGCCGAAGGGUCUUACGGAGAAGUAUACAAACUGCGAUUGAGAGAGGAAGUUUGCAGGAGAGAGAUGUCCAAGUCGAAGCUGGCGCGCUUAAGGGCCUACGGAGAUGGGGUAUUCAAAGUUGUACCGUUACGAGCGCAGAGUGGCCCUGGUUCGAAAAAAUUUACUAGCGUUGAGGAAAUCGUCUCCGAGGUCAAAAUGCUCAAGUACUUGGACCCAAUUCCAGGAUUCGCUCGUUUUCGAGAAAUCCACGUCGUUCAGGGUCGAUUUCCGGACUCAUUUCAAGCUGCGUGGGACCAUUAUAAAAAGACAAAAGACGAUUGCAUGAAUCCCAACCCCUCAAGUAAACGGGCAUAUCCCGAUACACAGCUGUGGGCGAUAGUGGAGAUGGAUGACGCCGGCUGUGAAUUGGAGAAAUUCUCCUGGUCUUCGAUCUUUCAAAUUUAUGACAUAUUCUGGGGCGUUGCAAUGGCCCUCGCCCGAGCGGAAGAAUAUGCACUCCAGUGGCUUACCACGUUGAAGCACCGAGAUCUUCACCUCGGCAAUGUGUGUAUCAAGACAACUCGUUCGGACGGCUCUAUGACACCUCCAUCCGAUAUCGAGAUAAUGCGUCAAACGUGGACCAGCGGCUUUGGCCUGAGCUCAUUAGAAACCACGAUCAUCGACUACUCUCUCUCACGUGCGGAGCUGCGAGCUAGUGAGGAUUCCCACCAGAUCGUGGACAUUGCUUCAUCAGAUCUCGAUAAAAAGCAAAUUUUCGAUGCUAUCGGCCGAGACGAGGACGAGAUUCUGUUGAGAGACACGUAUAGACAUAUGCGCGCGGAGGUAUACACAGGAAAUCCUGUCGAUACUAAAAGGACUCCCGAUAUUCCAGGGAUCUGGGAGGAAUAUGCGCCUAGAACGAACCUCAUUUGGCUUUUGUUCAUCCUAAAAAACCUCCUCAAGAAUCGCAAGAGCGAGCCCUCUACAUCGGCCGCAACAAGACCACCCUUGGCCCCAUGCUCACCCAAUAAAAAUAUCGAAUCGAAGCAAGCGAAAAAUUUGGGCGAGAAAGCUAAGCCGCCACUUCUUGGGCAGACACAAGUCACUGAAGCAGAUAAGAGAGUUGCUGACUUAAAGCAGUCGCUCGAGGACAGACUCAAGUCAGUUCUAGACCUGCUAGAUCUCGAGCAUGGCCAUAAAGACAUGUGCUGUGCUGCGGAUCUGGUAGCUUACGCCAUUGACUCACAGUGGCUAAGCGAGGAGGACUUUUUCUGA